GACACUGCCCCCUCACAGACCCAUGGCUCUGCCCAGCAGUCGAGGAAGAAAGGAAUCCAAGGGCCCUAUUCAGCAUCUGCACCCACCCUGUUUCCUGGACUCCAUGGCCACCCUGGGACUGGCCGCCUACGGCUACGGCAUCCGCUAUGAGUUUGGCAUCUUCAACCAGAAGAUCUCUGGGGGCUGGCAGGUGGAGGAGGCUGAUGAUUGGCUGCGCUAUGGCAACCCCUGGGAGAAGGCCCGGCCCGAGUACAUGAUCCCAGUGCACUUCUAUGGACGUGUGGACCACGGGCCCGACGGCACCAAAUGGGUCGACACGCAGGUGAUCCUGGCUCUUCCCUACGAUACACCUGUACCUGGUUACCGCAACAACACUGUCAACACCAUGCGCCUCUGGUCCGCCCGGGCCCCCAACGAGUUCAACCUCAAGGACUUUAACGUUGGUGGUUACAUCCAAGCCGUGCUGGACAGGAACUUGGCCGAGAACAUUUCUCGGGUGCUGUACCCCAAUGACAAC